AAAUAUAUGAAUAAAUAAACACACAGUAAAGCUGACCAUUUUAUCGCUCGGAGUCAUUUUGAUCAGGCAUCACGUGACGCUACCUAACCCCGCCGUCAGGACCCACCCACUCCCAGCGGAUCAUGGAUGCAGGAAGCUACGGAGCCGGCUUCGCCUCUUCUCCCCCGGGCAUACGCUUGAGGAUGUGGCUUCUGGGAGUCGUUCUGCUGUCUCUGCUCUGGGUGGUGUCUGGAGGUGCAGACUCCAAAGCUGUCACCACCACCCUCUCAACUAAAUGGGCUGAUACUCCUUUGCUGCUGGAGGCCAGUGAGUUCCUGGCAGAAGAGAAUCAGGAGAAGUUCUGGAACUUUGUUGAAGCCAAUGCAAACAUAGAAGGGCAGCAUGACGACACAGAUCAGGCCUACUAUGACCUGAUUGUGAAGAGAGCCAGUGCCUUGCUCAGCUCCGUCCAGGUGAACAUGCUGAAGUUCGCCCUCUCCCUGAGAGCUUACUCUGCAACAGUACACUCCUUCCAACAGAUAGCAUCCAAUGAGCCUCCUCCAUCUGGCUGCAAAGCUUUUUUUAGUGUCCACGGGGAGAAGACGUGCAAUGCAGACGGUUUAGCAGCUUUGCUGAAAACUGCACCUGGACGGCCGAAGCCGUACCUAUUCAAAGGCGAUCACAAAUAUCCAGGAGCAAAUUCAAACGCCCCUGUUGUCAUUCUCUAUGCCGAGUUUGGGACUCCGGAUUUCCAGAGGCUUCACCAGAUCAUUACCUCCAUCGCCUACGAAGGCCAGGCGACUUACAUGCUCCGUCACUACCUGGCUAAUCCAAGCAAAAGGAAAGUGUAUCUUUCCGGGUAUGGAGUGGAGCUAGCAAUCAAAAACCAGGAGUACAAGGCAAAGGAUGACACACAAGUCCAAGGGGCGGAGGUGAACGCUACAGUGAUCGGAGAGAAUGAUUCAGUGGACGAGGUCCAGGGAUUUCUUUUUGGCAAACUCAAGGCUCUCUACCCAGAGUUAAAGGAGCAGUUGAAAGAGCUGAGGAAACAUUUAGUAGAAAGCACCAAUGAAAUGGCACCUCUGAAAGUCUGGCAAAUGCAAGAUCUCAGUUUCCAGACAGCAGCUCGCAUACUUGCUGCUCCCGCUGUUGAUGCCCUCAACGUGAUGAAAGACCUCAGUCAGAACUUCCCUACUAAAGCCAGAUCCAUCACAAAAACAGUGGUCAACUCUGAGAUACGUAAACAGAUCGGUGAAAACCAAAAGUUAUUUAAAGGCACGCUGGGGCUGCAGCCUGGAGAUUCAGCCCUCUUCAUCAAUGGGCUGCAUAUAGAUCUGGACACACAAGACAUCUUCAGCGUGUUCGAGGUCCUGCGCAGCGAGGCCCGGGUGAUGGAAGGCCUGCAGUCCCUCAUGAUUGAGCCGCACUACAUUCACGACAUCCUGAAGCUCAACGUGCAGCCGUCCGACUCGGACUACGCUGUCGACAUCCGCCAUCCUUCAAUCAGCUGGAUUAACAAUUUGGAGACGGACCACAGAUACAGCUCGUGGCCCUACAACGUGCAGGAGCUGCUGAGGCCAACCUUCCCUGGAGUCAUCAGGCAGAUCCGUAAGAACUUCCACAAUCUGGUGAUUAUUCUGGACCCGGCCCAGGAGAACGCCGCCGAGCUGCUCAGCGUUGCAGAGAUGUUUUAUGCUAACAACAUCCCACUCAGGAUCGGCUUCGUGUUCGUGGUGUCAGACGGGGACGACAUCGACGGCAUGCAGGACCCAGGCGUGGCGCUGGUCCGAGCCUACAACUACAUCAAGGACGAGGUGGACGGCCAGAGCGCUUUUGAUGCCGUCAUCUCAAUGUUCAACCAGGUGCCUGUUGGUGGAAGCCUCACUGUCGCGAAUGUGGUCAAAGUGCUGGAGAAGAAGUUCCCCUAUGUGGAGAUCAGCAGCGUCCUGGGAGCUGACUCCAGCUACGACGGCAACAGGAAGGAAGGGCGCGCGUACUACGAGCAGACGGGGGUGGGCCCGCUGCCGGUGGUCAUGUACAACGGCGUUCCGUACCAGCGUGAACAGCUGGACCCGGACGAGCUGGAAACGGUCACCAUGCAGAAGAUCCUGGAGACGACCUCCUUCUACCAGAGAGCGGUGUACCUGGGUGAACUGGCAACAGAUCAUGAUGUCGUGGACUUCAUCAUGAACCAACCCAACGUCGUUCCCCGCAUCAAUGCCCGAGUGCUGUCCACCAGCAGAACCUACCUGGACCUGUCUGAUACCAAUAAUUUCUUUGUCGAUGACUAUGCUCGCUUCUCCAGUCUGGACAGCACACAGAAGAGCACAGCAGUGGCCAACAGCAUGAACUACAUGACUAAGAAAGGGAUGACGGCCACCAACAGGCAUGAUGAUGGAUUUAUCCGUCCUGUAACCUUCUGGGUGGUUGGAGACUUUGACAAGCCUUCAGGACGUCAGCUUCUCUAUGAUUCCAUCAGACACAUGAAAACCAGCAACAACGUUCGCCUGGGGAUGAUCAGCAACCCGUCAGCUGCUCCAUCUGCCGAGAGCAGCCGUGUGACCAGGGCGAUCUGGGCUGCCAUGCAGACGCAGACGGCCAACAACGCGAAGAACUUCAUCACCAAAAUGGCCAAAGAAGAGGCCGCGGCCGCUCUGGAGAGGGGAGUAGACAUCGCAGAGUUCGCUGUCGGGGGUAUGGAUGUGUCGUUGUUCAAGAGUGCGUAUGAAAGUCCCAAAUUGGACUUCCUGCUCUCCCACGCUGCCUACUGCCGAGACGUGCUCAAACUGAAGAAAGGACAGAUAGCAGUUAUCAGCAAUGGAAGAAUCAUAGGUCCGUUGGAGGAGGGCGAGGUGUUUAACCAGGACGACUUCCUGCUGUUGGAGAGCAUCAUCCUCAAGACGUCAGGAGAGCGAAUCAAAAGCAAAGUCCAGCAGUUUGGAACGGAGGAGGACAGGGCUAGCGACCUUGUGAUGAAGGUGGAUGCUCUGCUCUCGGCCCAACCCAAAGCAGAAGCCCGGAUAGAGUAUGGGUUUGCUGACGACCGCUACAGUGCUGUGAAGAUCCGUCCUAAAGAGGGAGACAUGUACUUUGAUAUUGUUGCUGUGGUGGAUCCAGUAACCAGAGACGCACAGAAACUAGCUCCUCUCCUCUCGGUGCUGAAGCAGCUAAUAAAUGUCAAUUUACGGGUUUUCAUGAACUGCCAAUCAAAACUGUCAGAAAUGCCACUGAAGAGUUUUUACCGCUACGUGCUGGAGCCGGAGGUGGCGUUUCAGGCUGACGGCAGCUUCUCUCCCGGUCCUUUGGCCAAGUUCUUGGACAUGCCCCAGUCUCCGCUCUUCACUCUGAAUCUUAACACUCCUGAGAGCUGGAUGGUGGAGUCCGUGCACACCCGAUACGACCUAGACAACAUUUACCUGCAGGAGGUGGAGAACAUUGUAGCAGCCGAGUAUGAAUUGGAGCAUCUUUUGCUGGAAGGUCACUGCUUUGAUGUCAGCUCAGGCCAGCCGCCUCGAGGCCUUCAGUUCACCCUGGGAACCGCCUCCGAGCCAAUAAUGGUGGACACAAUCGUCAUGGCAAACCUGGGUUAUUUCCAGCUGAAGGCCAACCCUGGCGCUUGGGUCCUGAAGCUGAGGAAAGGGCGCUCAGAUGAAAUUUAUAAGAUUUACAGCCACGAUGGUACAGAUUCUUCCGCAGACUCGGAUGACGUUAUUGUCGUUCUAAACAACUUCAAAGGCAGAAUCAUAAAAGUCAAGGUCCAAAAAAAACCAGACAAAAUCGGCGAGGAGUUGCUGAGUGAUGGGACCGAGGAGAACGACACUGGCUUCUGGAAAUCUCUGACCAGGGGGUUCACAGGUGGAGCCAACACAGAGGAGCCCAAGCAGGAGAAAGACGAUGUGAUCAAUAUCUUCUCUUUGGCCUCUGGGCAUCUGUACGAGAGGUUCCUGAGGAUUAUGAUGCUGUCGGUCCUGAAGAACACCAAGACUCCUGUCAAGUUCUGGUUCCUCAAGAACUACCUAUCCCCGACCUUCAAGGAGUUCAUUCCACACAUGGCGAAGGAAUACGGCUUUCAGUAUGAGCUGGUGCAGUAUAAGUGGCCUCGCUGGUUACACCAACAGACAGAGAAGCAGAGGAUCAUCUGGGGCUACAAGAUCCUGUUCCUGGAUGUGCUGUUUCCUCUGGCUGUUGACAAGAUCCUCUUUGUGGACGCUGACCAGAUUGUGCGCACAGACCUGAAGGAGCUGCGUGACUUCGACCUGGAGGGAGCUCCGUACGGCUACACCCCGUUCUGUGAGAGUCGCAGGGAGAUGGACGGCUACCGCUUCUGGAAGUCGGGCUACUGGGCGAGUCACCUGGCUGGCCGCAAGUACCACAUCAGCGCUCUGUAUGUGGUCGACCUGAAGAAGUUCAGGAAAAUAGCUGCAGGAGACAGACUCAGAGGACAGUACCAGGGUCUGAGCCAAGACCCCAACAGCCUCUCCAACCUGGACCAGGAUCUGCCCAACAACAUGAUCCACCAAGUGCCCAUCAAGUCUCUGCCCCAGGAGUGGCUGUGGUGUGAGACGUGGUGUGACGACAGCACCAAGAGGAGCGCUAAAACAAUAGACCUGUGUAACAACCCUAUGACCAAGGAGCCCAAGCUGCAGGCUGCAGUGAGGAUCGUGGCCGAGUGGACAGAUUACGACCAGGAGAUUAAGCGUCUGCAGACCAGAGUCCAGGCGGGAGCAAACCACAGAGCGCAGCAGCAAGGCACAGAUGUUCACAGCGAGUUGUGAACAGUGUGACGAGGUACUGAACCGGGCUCUGUUUAAAGAGUCCGCUUCAUGAGGAGGCUCCUGUCCUGCCUCAGGACUGCUGACGGCCUGACCACAAAUCAGAGCUUAGAAAAAAAUGUUUUAGUUAAAAUAUCCAGGAGAGUAAUGGUGGUCAGGUUCUAUUUUUUGGUUUGACAGUAUGAAAGCGGUGAGAAUGUAUUUUGUAAGGCAGGUAUAUUUGAGUUUUAUUUUCAGCACAGUUUCCCUUCCAUGGUAAAAGCUGUCAGUCUGUGUCUGUUUGCACUGAUUGGGAUUCUGGUUCUGUCUGUGGUGGAAGCACAAAAUAAAGCAGACGUCAGGAACUCUCACUGCUGGUUAACUUGGGCUUUGAUCUUGAGUGAACCAAACAUCUGGCGGUGGAGAGAAUUCCAGCACAGUCCCUGGGAUAAAACAUUCAUUUUAAAGCUGUUAUUAAUGUUGUGCUUGUUGUUGGAGGACGAGGCCCAGGGCAAAAAUGUUUGAACUCAAAAACAUGAAUACGGUUUGUUCAUGUGGCAAAUUCAGAAAUAAGACAUCUGACGUUGGAUGCAGUGAAUUUUGGACACUUGUUUUUGACCAAAUUAAAAAAAAUUUUUAAUGUAAAACUGAAGCUUUAAUAAUUCUGUUGUUACAGAUGCCCACCAAUGAUUUCACCUCUUGCUGCUUAGAGCAGAGUUUCAGAGAGGAAUUUAAAAAAGUGGUUGACUAUGUUUUCACAUGAGAAAAAAAAAAUCAGAUUCUUAAACGGAACAUGCACCAGGGAAAGCGGUUUGGCUUUUGUUUGCUGCAGCGUAACGUUUAAGGCUAAUUUAUAUUUAAAGAAUUGCUCCUGUGACAUUAAACUUUGGCUGAAGAAUGUUUCAUUGCCAAAAGUCGCGAACGUCCACUUUUUUUUGUUGUUAUGCUGUUUUAAUAAACUGAUAUUUUUGUUAAAUAAAAAACCCAUUCCUCAAUUAAAAA